AAACAGAGGGAGGGUAGGGGAGGGUUCGUACUUUACGGGCCAGGCCAGGCAAGCACCCUUUUCUCCGGCUCUUCCUUGCCAUCUCCGGCGGAAUCAAGCAGGAGACCAGAAACUGUUCCGAAAUGGUUCCUUCCUUCUGCUGAAUCUCUUCUAUCGCAAAAGCUCAUACUCUCAUUUCAGUACUCUCUCUUCAUACCUGGAGGCUGAAAUCACAGGACGCAACUCGUUCGAUGUAAUGUCUGACUGAUCGCUUCCUUAAUUAAGCACUAGAAGCAGUGCCUGCUUCAUCAGAAGCUUCAGCGGGUUGGCAAACUCAGUAGUGUCAAUAGGAACGUAGCAUCGUUAUGGCUGCGGCUUGUCUGCUGCCUCAGCAUCAUAGUCGACCUUUCCUGCCCCUGCUUGAGAAGCAAUUUCUCAGGAGGUACCUUUCUUCUCAAGAGCCCAGCAGUGGCCUACAAGAUGAGGUACCAAGAUUAAGAUCAAGAUCAUCUUCAUCGACGCCCAAGACCAAAAGGGCUAGAGACAUUGCAGCAAUCAUCAACAGGAAGUCAUGGUCAAGGGAGCUUGAAUCCUCCAUCUCUUCUCUAUUCCCCUCUCCACUCUCCCGGACCACUGUCCUUCAAGCCCUCCAGCUCAUUAAGAGCCCCUCCAAGGCCCUGAGCUUCUUCCACUGGGUGGGCUCAAAAUCGGGAUUCACCCAUGAUGAGCAGUCCUACUUUGCCAUGCUUGAGAUCCUAGGCCGUAACCGGAAUCUUAAUGUUGCUCGCAAUUUCCUGUUCUCCAUUGCUCAGAGUUCUAAUGGGGAUGGUGUUUAUGGGGUUAGGGUUCAAGAUAAGUUCUUCAACAGCUUGAUUCGGAGCUACGGUCGUGCCGGGCUGUUCCAGGAAUCUGUUAAGCUCUUUGAGGACAUGAAGUCGAAGGGAGUCUCCCCUUCUGCUGUUACUUUUAAUUGUCUUUUCUCAAUUUUGCUGAAACGGGGUCGGACCAAUAAGGUGAAGAGCCUGUACGAUGAGAUGCUAAGUACAUAUGGAGUUAGUCCUGAUGCAUACACAUUCAAUAUCUUGAUUCGAGGUUUUUGUAUGAAUAGGAUGGUUGAUGAGGGGUUUCAUUUUUUCAAGGAGAUGUCGCGGUUUGAUGUUGAGCCCGAUGUGAUUACGUAUAACACUCUUGUUGAUGGGCUUUGUAGAGAAGGGAAAGUGGUGACUGCAAGUAAUGUGGUAAAGGGAAUGUGCAAAAAGGGAAAGGAUUUGAAUCCCAAUGUUGUCACCUACACUACUUUGGUCCGAGGGUUCUGUGCUAAGGGUGAAAUUGAUGAGGCGCUGAAGGUCGUGCUAGAGAUGGUUAAUCGAGGUGUGAAGCCAAAUAUUAUUACCUACAACACCCUUGUGAAAGGGCUUUGUGAAGCUCAAAAGUUCGAUCGAAUCAAAGAGGUAUUGGAUGGGAGCAAUUUUGUCCCUGAUACAUGCACUUUCAACACGUUGAUGCAUGCCCAUUGUAAUGCAGGAAACUUGGGUGAAGCCUUGCAAGUGUUUGAGAAGAUGCAGGAGUUGCGGGUUCAGCCUGAUUCUGCAACUUAUAGCAUUAUGAUCCGGAGCUUGACCCAAGGAGGGGAAUUUGAGAGGGCCGAGAAAUAUUUUGAUGAACUUCUUGAGAAGGAGAUCCUGUCUAGUGAUAAAGGGUGUAGGCCUCUUGCUGCGGCUUAUAACCCGAUGUUUGAGUACCUGUGCAGAAGUGGGAAGACUGAGAAGGCUGAAAAGUUGUUUAGGCAGUUGAUGAAAAGGGGAGUUCAAGAUCCUCCUUCUUACAGAACUCUAAUCAUGGGGCAUUGCAAGGAAGGAUCUUUCGUAGCAGGCUUCGAGCUGCUGGUGCUGAUGCUGAGGCGAGACUACCUGCCCGAUUUUGAGAUUUACCUUACCUUAAUAGAGGGUCUUCUUCAGAAUGGAAAUCCUAUUCUUGCAUACAAGACCCUUGAAAAGAUGCUAAAAAGCUCUCACCAUCCUAAAACUUCUGUAUUCCACUCAGUUCUCGCAGAGCUUUUGAAGAAGAAGCGUGUGGAUGAGUCUGCUAGCUUGGUUAUGUUGAUGUUAGAGAAACAAAUUAGACAAAACGUCCAUCUUGCUACAGAUACUGUGAGAUUACUCUUGAGUCGUGGGCUACGGGAUAAAGCUUUUGAGGUUAUUAAAAUGCUUUACAAUAAUGGCUUUGUGGUUGAGGUGGAAGCAAUAAUUGGUUUCCUUUGUGAGAGUAGGAGGCUUAUGGAAGCACAUGCGUUGUCUCUGUUUGCAUUAGAGAAACAGGAAAGAGUAGGAACUGAUUUGUUUGACUCGAUAAUAAGGGGCCUCUGUGAAAACAAGAGAGUCUCAGAAGCAUUCAGCUUGUUUUACGAGUUGGUAGAAAGAGGACAGACUAGAAAGUUGAGUUGCCUUGAUAAAUUGACCAGUACUCUAGUGGCAGAAGGAAGAAACGUUGAAGCUGAGUUUGUGUCUAAGAGAAUGCCCCCUUGUGCAAUAGCUUGAAAUCAGAUGAGAAGCUCAAGAUGGAGAAUUAUCGGAUCGUAAUUCAGUUGGCAGCUUCUGUUUCCUUUGGACGGAGCCGACAUGUUGAAGUCUAGAAAACUUCUCGAGGAACGAAGGAAAGAAGAGGCACUCUUUAUCAACUGGCCAAGCAGUCCAGAUACAGGAGGAAGAUAAUUGUCUGUCUUCUCAAGUAGCAGAGUAAAUCACUGGGAGAAUGAAACAGGACAAGGGUUACUAGCCUGCAUGGACAGCAAGCCCAGUGGGAAGGCUGCCAGAUUGUCAUGUCCCCUGUAUCCAAUAAUGAUUCUGGAGAUGGAUUCUUUGAGGCACACUUGGGGACGGGCUCAGCACUUCAAGGAGGCAUUCCGUUUCUGUUUUCCUUGAGGUGGUGUUUGCCCAUACCACCGCCGCCAAGAGAGGCAGUAAGGGCACCCGCAUCACCAACUGUUGCAUCAACAUCUUCCAGGGUGACCGAUGCACAGAAAAAGUUAAUAGCCUUGCAGAUUGACUUGGUAUCGAACCUCUGCUGGCAUCCUCUGUUCUCAUUCCCUAUGGCGAGAUAUUCGUAACGAUCUUUCUUUUGAUACCUAACUUUGGCUGAACCAACAGUCUUUCUGCUAUUAAUUCAUAGCGUUGGUUUUGGGGAUUUGGUUUAAAUGCUCGUGCACAAAUGAUAGUUUCUUUCAUAUGGACAUUUAAUUAGAUUUCUUAUUUAUUAUAACGAAAACGUUGCGCUGAUUAGCUUUGGGUUCUCCAUGAAAUGAAGUUACCUAUGCCUUAAGCUUUAGGGGACAGCUUCCGGACAUAUUCCCAUGAUCAUGGGUCGUGAAAUUUUAGAACAGGUGAAUACUCUAUUUCACCAAUAUCAUUUGCAAAUGUUUUUAAAUCUACUAUGAAUUCUUUCCAACUUAAGUUUGGUCCCCUGACUGGCCUUGAUUCUGAGUUGGCAAACUAGGUAUUUACAUCAACUUUGUGCUGGAAAACUGUUGUAGUGGCUUUGCGUUUUUCUGUGUGGGUGGGGCUAUAUGAUCCGCCUAAAUAUUGACAUUCAAGUUAAAGAUAGAUUCUCGGAGCGGAUAUGCGGUCGGGCGUUACUGUAUUGAAGUGCCGGACAUGGAUGAAUGUUUCAUUGGGUUCAGCUAUCGGUAGGAGGAGAGAUCAGAAUUUGAUUUGUUGGAGAGAUUGGAAUUUGAUUUGUUCUGUAAUGUUAGUUUCUUCUUCUUCUUCUUCUUUUUUAUUUAUUUUUUAUUUUUUUAUAGCCCCACUGAGAGAAGCGUCGUUUGAGCUAAACAAUAUGAUAUGUAGACAAUCACCAUUAAUAUCUCAGUGUAGGUUCGCGAUAGUCCUUCGUUCGGUAGUCCUGGGAUCGUUUAUAACUAGCCAAUUAGAAUGUGUUUGGUUUUUGAGUUGA